AUGUCACCUUUCAAGUUGGUGUAUGGGAAAGAUUGCAACCUCUAUGUCAAGCUAGAACAUAAAGCGUAUUGGGCCAUUAAGAGCCUAAAUUACGACGCUCAAUUAGCAGGAGAGAAAAGAUUACUGGAACUCAAUGAUAUAGAAGAGUUUAGGGAACAAACAUAUGAGAAUGCCAGGAUAUACAAGGAAAAGACUAAAAAGUGGGAUGACCAAAGGAUGAUGCCACAAUAUUUUGAAGUUGUCCAACAAGUGUUACUUUACAAUUCAAGCCUUAAGCUAUUCCCUGGAAAGCUCAAAUCCCGAUGA